AUGCAACAGAGCCAGAGAACGAAGCUGGCGGUGACUGCUUGGGGAGGAAAGUGGCCCAGCAAUGGCUACACGUUGCUGGGCCGGGCAGCAGAGGGCUUCAAGGGCUCCUACUUGAAGGCCUGUGAAGACCCAGAGGACAAUGCUGGGACAGCGAGACAACAGCUGGAACAACAGAGGUUGGAGGCGCAGAAGAAGAUGGAGCAGCUGGCAAAAGCCCUGACAGAGAUGGACGCAGGAUCUGCCAUCAAAGCUGCCUCUGCAGCAGCAUCCUCCGAAGAAGCCUCCUCUCCGCAGCCCGAAAACCUGAGCAGUGUGGGAGAUCCAGAGAAGAAGUACACUGGAUGGAGACCUAUUGGCAGUGGGGGGUUUGGAACCGUUUAUAAGGCCUUCAAUGCUGCCACAGGACGAGAGGUGGCCAUAAAGCAACUUAAUCUCCAGCACCAGGGCUGCGAGGAUGUGUUGAAGGAAAUCCUGGUCAUGAAAGAAUAUAAGAACCCCAAUAUUGUCACCUACCUAGAAAGCUACCUUGUCAAAGAGGAUGUCCUGGUGGUGUUGGAGUAUAUGGAUGGAGGCUCCUUAGCUGAUGUGGUCAGCAUGAAAAGGAUGGCUGUAGGACACAUAGCAACAGUGUGUCGGGAGUGCCUGCAAGGCCUGGCUUUCCUUCAUGCCAACCAGGUGAUCCACAGAGACAUCAAAAGUGACAACAUCCUUCUGGGCCGGGAUGGCUCCGUCAAGCUGGCUGAUUUUGGCCUCUGUGCUCCGUUCAGCCCUGAGCAGAGUAAACGGAGGUCGAUGGUCGGGACCACUUGCUGGAUGGCACCCGAGGUGGUGAGAAGAGAGCCAUACGGCCCCAAAGUGGACAUCUGGUCCCUUGGCAUCGUGGGAAUAGAAAUGGCCAAAGGAGAGGCUCCUUAUAUUCGGGAAACCAGUGAGAGGGCUAAGUACCUGAUAGGCAAGCAAGGCGUACCAGACCUGCACAAGCUCAGGCUGCCCUCUGGCUUGUGUGAAUUUCUGGGCUGCUGCCUGCAGAUGGAUGUGGACAGGCGAGGCUCUGCCAAGGAACUUCUGCAGGUACAAGGCAAAGCGGCUGCAGCCCAAAGAGCUGUUCCCUGUCAGGGUUUGUUCCUCGGCCAAACUCCAGGGCUUCCGAUCGGCCCCCCCACAUAG